UGUCGAAAACAUCUGAAGACACGGCGGUUGACCCACAUUAAGCAGCUCGGGAUCGACAGGAUUGUUGACAUCCAGUUUGGCUCAGAUGAAGCUGCCUACCACCUGAUCAUCGAACUGUAUGACAGGGGUAAUGUCAUCCUCGCAGACCACGAGUACACCAUCCUAAACCUGCUGCGGUUUCGUACAGCCGAGACAGAAGAUGUCAAGAUUGCUGUCAGAGAGCGGUACCCUGUGGAGAGCGCCCGACCCCCUGAACCUCUCAUCAGUUUAGAGCGACUCACUGAAAUCCUCAGCCAAGCACAGCAUGGAGAGCAGGUUAAAAGGGUCCUGAACCCUCAUCUUCCCUAUGGAGCCACUCUGAUCGAACACAGUCUGAUGGAGGCGGGACUGCCGGGCUCUGCCAAAGUUGACAGCCAAGUUGAUGCUGCAGAAGUUGCACCUAAAAUCCUGGAAGCCCUGCAGAUUGCAGAAACCUACAUGGAAAAAACCGAGAACUUCAGUGGCAAAGGUUACAUCAUUCAAAAAAGUGAGAAGAAACCAAGUUUAACUCCUGGCAAACCCAGCGAAGAGCUGCUCACAUAUGAUGAAUUCCACCCAUUCCUCUUUGCCCAGCAUGUAAAGAGUCCCUAUUUGGAGUUUGAUACUUUUGACAAGGCAGUGGAUGAGUUCUUCUCUAAGAUGGAGAGUCAGAAAAUUGACAUGAAGGCCUUGCAGCAGGAGAAAAAUGCCCUGAAGAAGUUGGAAAACGUAAAGAGGGACCACGAGCAGAGACUGGAGGCUUUGCACCAAGCACAGGAGGUGGACAGACUAAAGGGUGAGCUGGUGGAGAUGAACCUGCCGGUGGUGGAGAGGGCGCUGCAGGUGGUGCGCAGUGCACUGGCGAAUCAGGUGGACUGGACAGAGAUCGGCAUUAUCGUCAAAGAGGCACAAGCGGCUGGAGACCCGGUGGCCUGCGCCAUCAAGGAGCUGAAGCUGCAGACUAAUCAUAUCACCAUGCUUUUAAAAAAUCCAUACAUAUCUGAGGAAGACCAGGAAGAGGAAGAGAACAAAGAUGGUGUGGAGGAGAAAGGGAAGAAAAACAAAACUAAAGACAAAGGACAAAACAAGAAGGUGCAAAAGAACAAGCCCAUGUUAGUGGAUGUGGAUCUCGGCCUGUCUGCUUAUGGCAAUGCCAAAAAGUACUAUGACUUCAAACGUAGUGCUGAAAAGAAGGAACAUAAAACAAUUGAAGCAGCAGAUAAGGCGAUGAAAUCUGCAGAGAAAAAAACACAGCAAACACUGAAAGAAGUUCAGACUGUGACCACCAUUCAAAAGGCGAGGAAAGUCUACUGGUUUGAGAAGUUCUUGUGGUUCAUCAGCUCAGAGAAUUAUCUCAUCAUCGCAGGAAGGGACCAGCAGCAGAACGAGAUGAUUGUCAAACGCUACCUCCGGGCAG